AGGAAGAAUACAGAGAGAACAAAGACAAAGAACGAGAGGAACGAUAGCAUCAGAGCAGUAAAGGGAGGGAGAUUUAUAAGAAUAAAGUGAGAGAGACAGUAGUGACAACCUAGGAAUGGAUCCCCAUCAGCUCAAAGAUUAUAUCUAUAACUUUAGCCUUGCAGACAGUGCUCAGGGGGGCCGAGGGUACAACCGUGUUCUCCUGCAGCUAUUUGGGUAUACAGGCCAUGGGAAGUCCUCCUUCAUUAACUCCUGCAAGUUUGUCCUGGACGGGGAGUAUAGAACGAUCGCAGAGUCUGGACAGAGAGAAUCUGGAGGUGCUAUGACCAUGGUGAGAAAUGCCUACAAACUAACAGACACCAUCACCAUCGUGGAUAACCGAGGGUUUAAAAAUAUGGACAACAUUGAGAAAAUACAGAUAAACAGCCAAUUGGCAAAUUUACUCCCUCUUAAUCAGGAGGUAAAGUGGGCUGAAGAAUAUGAUGACAUUUUAUGUAUUAUAAAUAAAAAAUCAGACUCCGACUACACCGAUAUUAUUGUUCCUAUAUUUGUUUACAGUGUGAAAACAAACUUGACCAAAGACGAAGACAAUGAAGUAAGAGAGUUCCUUGAAACGUGUCAGGAGAUGACAAGAAUUAACCCUACCAUCGUCCUGACUAAUAAAACCAGUGGUAAUUACAGUAAUGUGGAAGAACGUUUGGGAACCAAACGAGUAUUUCCAGUGGAGAAUUACACUGAGGACAGACAGCUGGCAACACGAGAGAAACACAUAGAUAUAUUGAACAUCAUAAAAAGUGUCUUGGAUGAUGUCAAAUUCAGCUUGGAGCAUGGAAGUGACCCAGAAGAAGAACGCACCGAGCACAUUAAAUUCCUAAUGGGCAUGGCACAUCGUAUUUUUUCGGCCAAGGAACUGGAAAAGAAGGAGGAAGAGGACAGGAAAAAACAGAAAGAAAUGCCAGUUCCUAAUAUAUUUACAAGAAUUUGGAAUGCUAUAUUUUUUGUGCGAAAAUAAGCACAAAAAUAUAGUAUUCAUUUGAACAUGAUGUU